AUGACCACAGAGAGAAUUAAGAGACUAGCAGAGGCUGACAAAAAGGCAAAGGACAUAAUACAGGAGGCCCGCAGGGAAGGCGAUGCCUUGCUGCAAAAAACCAUUGAGAAGAGCCAAGAGUACGAAAAGAACCUAGAGCAAGCGAAGGUAGAGGAAGUAAAGAGAUACUUCCAGCAGGCAAAUGAAGAGCUGGCACAGAUGGAAGAGUCGAUCAUAAAGAACGUAAAAGAGACCAUAGCAGACAUUAGAUCAAAGAACAAGCAGUGCGAAGAAAUAGUAGAUGAGCUCGUUAAGAUAGUUAUUAGCUAA